AUGGCGACCAAGGCGCUAUGCAAGCCACGCAUGAGCUUCUUGCGUCUGCAGACGUCCAUCCAGAAGCAGCUACAGAUCGAGGAAGCGCUGUUCCGAGCCGAGUCGCAGCGCAACUGGUUCAUCUACAACGACAAGCACGCACCCGCGACGAUCGUCAUGGGCGUCUCGGGCAAACCAGAGCAGCUGCUGCAUCAAGACGCUGUGAAACGAGACGGCAUUCCCGUGCUCAAGCGCUUUAGUGGAGGCGGCACUGUCAUUGUCGACCACAAUACCGUCUUUACGACAUUCAUCUGUCGACAUGAAGACUUCCCACACGUUAAGCCUUUUCCGAGAGAGAUCAUGGCGUGGUCGCACGACUUUUUCUCGCCCUUCUUCGCGCGAGUGUGUCGCGAUGACCUGAAGUUCUCGCUACGAGAAGAUGACUACGCGUUUAACGACCGCAAGUUUGGCGGGAAUGCUCAGAGUCUAUCGAGGGGUCGUUGGCUGCACCACACCUCGUUCCUUUGGGACUUUGAUCCGAAAAACAUGGAGUACCUGACUCAUCCAGCUCGACAGCCAAAGUACCGUCAGCAGCGCAGCCACCUCGAUUUCCUGUGCCCGCUAAAAGAUGCGCUGAAAACGGAAUGCGCGGAUCGCGACAGGUUUCAAAGUGAGCUUUACGCGGAGCUGGCACACAACUUUGAGAUUGAAGAUAUGGAGCUGGCGGAUAUUGUGCACAUUCUCGAGAAAGACUACCGCAAGUCCACUCACUUUGUACAUCUCUAG